ACAGCGCACUGGCCGCGCGAUGACGCGCGCCAAAUUUUUCAAUAAAACAAAAACUUAGCAAAACCCCUUCUUAGUUCCAAUUAUGGAUAUAAAAGACAUUAUAAAAUGGUUCAUACCAUGUUUUCAUUUACUAUUGCGUUUCGCUAGAAUGGAUGUGCGUUUGACUUUCGUUUGUUUAUUUUUAUUUUUUUCGUGUCCGAGUUACGCGGGAAAAGUGAACAGUGCAAAAGAUGUAGGUUUUAGUGAUAAACAUUAUAAACAAUUAAAUAUUUUUAGUGAUUAUUAUAAUUAUAGCCAAAGCAAUGUUCCUUUAAGUGAAGAAAUGUCUAGUUUGGAAGGAGAUACCUCGAUGGGUCGUACCUUCGGUCGUCCCUUCAAGAAGAUGAUCGCAGCGUUCAUACCACUCGCAUUUCAAAUGGGUGCGGCAUCCACUUGGGCUGUCGUAGCCGCCCUUGUGGGUGUCAAGACAUUAGCCAUAACACUGCUUAUUCUCAAACUCUUAUUAAUAGUUGGAGCUGCUAAAAUUGGCGCGCUGUUUGGUGCAGCUAAAGGUCAUCAUGGCGGAUGGGAGCAACCUCACCAGAAAGAAAUUCAUCUGCACAUACACGGACAACACGGUGAAGAACAUAUUCCUAUAUCGUCAUGGAAUCGGGAGGGUCAAAGUUCGGAUCCUAAGAAUGUAAACGUGGUGUACGAGCCAUAUGGCGGACCACAGACUAUCAGUACCCCGUAUGGACAUUAUAUGAAGAUUGAACCAGCUAAUCAUCAACAAUAAUUCUACAAAUAUAUUAUAGUGAGAAUGCUGGCCUGGCUCUUAAAUAUUUAUUCUGAAUUAUAGUAAAAGAUGAGAAAAAUGUUCAGUACGUUGUCUUAAGGAGUGCCAAAAAUAUGUUUAAUUCGUAUUUUCGAUCAUAUGAUUUUGUAAGUUGUAUAGGAAAUGUCAAACGUGCGAGUUGGUGUUUCCACAUUUCUAUUUGGAUUUCCCAGUUUGUAAUUUGUGACCUAUGUACAUAUUUUAUUAACUUACAACUUGAAUUACAAGGCAUUCAAAUUCCUUUCAUUUAUAUAAAGUACGAAUUUAUAAUUUCUACAAAAUUUAGUAAGGUAUAGACUCGUUGAAUAGAUGAAAAACACGGCAAGCUUACUCUG